UUCAGAGGGCAUAUGUUUUUAUAGCCAUCAGUCAAAAACUCUACAUAGUUUAUAUCCACAAGGGAGCAAAGAACAGCAAUACGCUGGAGGUGAAGCGGAAUGGCAAAGAACAUUUUAGUUCUCUCUGUUGUGCUAACAUUUGCCUCAAACGAAGCCGUAGAGCGCAUCGUUCAUCAGUGCAGCUUUCAUGAUGGACAGUGCAUGUAUAAAAUUCAUUUAGCAAGAGGACAAGACUGUCCCAUAGACUCCCCGUCAAAUUACGCUAUACCGCAACACGAUGUUGCGUUCAGUGAGAUCCCAUCGCUGGAAGAAAAAUAUGAGCAAAAGUUAAGGAAACUGGAGAAGAGAGUCAACGAAAUUUUCAUAAGUGAUUUGAACGAAGACAGCUUGAUUCCAAAUGAAAAAGACUAUGAAAUAAAUAACAGGAUUGAUAAUAUUUUCGACCCAGAACCUGCUAGACCAGAAACGACGCUUCUUAAUGAUUUGUAUGGAGAAUUUUCUAGCCUGAGAGACGAGCUAAAUACAACAAAAUGGCUAUUGAAACAAAAAUCGUUGCUUUUGCUUAGCACUAAAUCGAAAUUAAACAAAACGCAGCACCAGUUAACGGAAACAAAUGGUAAACUACGCCGCACGGAGAAAAAGCUAGACCAAACACAACGAGAAAAUACAGUCUUACGAAAUAAACUCCAAGAUCAAGAGAAAAUACUUAACACUACACUAAGCAAAUGGGAUGCAAUGUUGAGGCAAUUAAAGGAUCUUGAAAGCAGGCUUAAUGAGACUCUAAAACAAAAUGAAUACCUACAAGAGAGGCUGCUCUACUAUCAACGUAUGUUGAACGAAACAGAGAGGCAGUUACGCUAUGCUUUGAUCAAAUAUCAUCAACUGAACCUACAACACCACGCCCUGGAGAGAAAGAAUCAAAAAUCGGAAAUGAUACUUGCAGAUUGUAUGCAAAGUAAGUCAAAUCAAUUUUGCGGAUUCGAAGACGAGUCCAUAUGUGGAUUCACCAACGAAAACUCGGCUGAAGUGACUCUAAACUGGACACGUCAUGCAGGCCCGUCUCCCUCCUCCAAUACUGGACCGGACCUUGACCACACAUGCCAGAAUAACAGAGGUCAUUACAUGUACGUGGAGGCCAGUGGUAGAGUGAAAGGUGACAAAGCUCGCAUGACAUCAACAAAGUAUUUUGCCAACGACCACCAAUGUGUGCAGUUCCACUACCACAUGUAUGGCAGAGACAUGGGCACCCUUAACGUAUACACAAAGCGAAAACCCAACUUGGACUUAGAACCUCCUGUGUGGCGUGCAUAUGGUAACCAAGGCAACGUCUGGUCAACCGCAAGAUUGUUUAUUCCAAAAAGAGUAGCAAAAGAAGGGUUUCAGAUUGUUUUUGAAGCUACCCUACGGAAAGGAUAUCGUGGAGACGUGUCCAUUGAUGACAUAGCUAUACGUGAUGGACCGUGCCAUCCCAACGACCUUCUGCUGAAAGGCUUGGAAGAUGGGAAAGUUGACGAUUGAGUAGACUUCAGUAUAUCAGGCUUCUGAUUAGUGGUACUUCUUACUUCAUAAAUCAUAGAAUAUCAAACAGACAGAUAAGUCGUAAGAUGAUUCACAAUGCUGACCUGAUAGGCAAGGCACUGUUAGAAUACCUCUGUAAACACUGUGAUUCGUAGACAUUUGAAGCUAUUUCACUGCCAAAAAAAAAGGAAACAUGGUAAUAACCCUGACUGUCAAUGCUGCUUCUGAACAUUAUGAAUUUACAUAAGCAAUCAUCGUUCAAGCAAAACCCACAGCAAAACUUCAAACGAUCAAACGGCAACCAAAUAGGUUACCAUCAAAAGCCACAACCUAGCUUUCUGAAAAAAAAAAAAAAAAAAAAAAAAAAACCGAUGCAGGUAAAACACGUUUUGUGCAAUGUCAAAAAGUGAGAAAUCGAACUGCUGGGUGGGUAUCGAGACCAACUCGUGUUUAUCUAUGUAUGUAAAUAAGCUGCUAGUAAUUUAACACUGGUACGGGACAACCACUGCGAACUCCGCGUAACAUUUAGGGUUUGCGCAUAAACAGUGAGAAAAGAGCGUUUCACUGUGUCUAAACACACUAUCAUCUAAAGAAAUCAAAUACCACUUUUUUCUGUGAUUCACGCCUCAAAAGCGUCUGUUUUUUGCCAGAUGACAUAUAUGACUGGAGCGUCGACUUAGAUUUGAAGCAGAAAUAUGUACAUAUUUUCCGUUUAAACAAAUAUAUAUUUUCCCCAUUGCUUUUUAAUGUAUAGUUUUUUA